AUGUACAGCGUGGAGGAUCUCCUCAUUUCUCAUGGAUACAAGCUACCCAAGCAUACCACCGCCUCGGCAACCCCGACCCCAACUCCUGCAUCGACAUCCCGGCCGGCGUCUUCCUCUUCACCUCCAUCUUACAGCAAACACCAUGAGAGUUUGGGGAGCAGGCCAAACAGCAGAACACUGAACGGGUACGAACGAGGGUCGAGAGCAGCAUACGGAAAUAAAUGUGGAAGCAGGCACCCCCAGGUGUACGUGACUGGAACUAGCUGUCUCAAUAACAACGUUGAACCCAGCAACAGGAGCCAAUCCAGGCAGGAGGGGGAAAUCCAGAGUCAAAUUGAAACUCCUUCCUUCGGAGAGUCAUUGACCUCAGACAGCGGGUUCUGUGAUGCCAGCAGAGGUCAACAGAUCCAGUCCAAGGAUGUAUCCUUUUGGAGGAGGAGAGGCCAGGAUUUUACUGUUCUGCUGGACUAUGCUGACCAAAGAGAGUGCCAUGCAGGUGGACAUGGGGAAUAUAUCAGACCAGAGGGACCUCAACAAGCAAGAGGUCAAGAGUUGCCCUCAGAGGAGCGUCAGAGAGUAGCCCAGGAGCGGCAACGCUGGGCAGCUCAGGUACAGGCCCGUGCUAAAGAAAGGGAGGCAGCGCUCAAACAGUGGAAGAUGGCCACUGAGAGGAAGUGCCAGAGCCUGGGGACAAAUGAGUGGCAUCCAGCUGUCAGUUUUAGUCGCCAGAUGUCGCAGAGUGAUGGUGAACGUUGGGCACAGGAACAGCAGCGGCUGCACGCCAGGACACCAGAGGGAAUGGUAGUCCACCCCAGGACCAAAGCCAAAUCCCAGUCCAUGCCCAGGAUGCUGCGACCUGAGAGCCUGCAGUAUGUGGACACGGCCUCAUGUGGUCAGGACUUGUACAGAAGGGUUAACGGCCACCCACUGUCUCACCACGACUUUUACAGAGCACCCCGCUGGCCGGAGAAUGGGAGGCCAGCAAGUGCCAACCAAUUAUCAUUAACGCCAAAGCCCCGCUUCACUCGGCCCCCCAGACCUCCCUCCUAUGAAAUGCACCAGCAGAUUAGGGGAAGCUGUGAAGUAUUGUCUGGGAGAGAGUCGGUUAUUUCCCAUUCCAGGGACAGGACUCCUCUUCCCAUCAUACGAACAGGUGAUGCUCCAAUUGACUAUUUUGCACAGGAUUCUGGCCCUCCAGGCUACAUCCCACCCCCAUCAUACAAACGAUCCCCUGUGAUUAUAGGAGGGCGCCGGGGAUAUGGUGAGAUUGCAGUUGAUUACAGGUACAGAGGUGAUAUGUACCAGCAGAUUCACGUGGCUCCUGAUGGAUCACAUUGGAUUACUCGACAUCCAGCAGGUCCUUGGUCUGAGUCGUCAAGAGAGAAGUGCAUUGCAGGCCAGAAGCACCUCCAUCCUGUGUGUACUUCACAAGGGCAUCCAGGUGGAGGGGUCCAGUAUAUCUCCUUUGACGAUCCCCGCAUACGGCACAUUUCCUCAGCUCUCGGUGGCAAUUCCCUCACAGACGCUGACAAAAUACGUCACAUCCGCAACGAGCUACCCAGCACCACCGUGUCGGAACCAGCAUCCGGCAACAGUGCCUUUUCGCCCCCAUCAGCGGGGCCUUUUAUCGCUGCCAAACUGGCUAGUGAUGAUAAUCAGACAUCUUCAUGUGACUUUGACAAUGACAAUAAAAGGUGGCACAGCAAUUUGCACAAAGCGACUGUCGAUAACUUCUCAGCAACUGACCAAAAUUGCAAUACGUAUUCCAAAAACCAACGUCCUCCUCCAUCCCCGUCUUCAGCCUUUCAGGCCCCAGUAAGAAGGGCAGCGUCUCGCCAGGGGUCCAGUUUAGAUCAGGUCUUUGCAGAAACCAUCACGCAAGUGAAAAAAAUUGUCCCAGAAUCAGGGAUGGACAGUAACAGAAAUUCAAAGAGAAGAGUGAGUGAGACCAUCUUCUGCCUUGUGUCUGUCCCCCUUCACACACCAACUAACCUUAACAAAGAUUUAUCAGCAGAUCAAAACAACAAUGACACAGCACGAAGUCUGACUGUGACCAAUACAGAAACCUUCGCUGUAGGCCUAAAAGAAACCCAUACCUUGCGAAGCAAGUCGGUGAAUGAGAUGCCCAUCAGAGUCCACUAUUCACAUUUUCAUACCACCAGCACUUCCUCGCUGAGGAAUUACAAGAGGGCUCCUUUAAGAAAGGAGAUCAUCGAUGCUUGGGCACUUCAAGCCAACGAGGAAAAGCAGAUGUGUUAUUCCGGGUCUUGGCCUGGAAAUCAAUACCGGAACCAGGAAACCCAGACUGGCUCACCCUUGACAGUGACAAAAAGUCCAGAACCCCAAAGCCCACCUGGAGGACAAGAGCCCGUCCACUCCGCCUCAGACACAACAACUGAUAGUGGUGUAGGAACAGAUAACGGUUCCUCUUACGGCUAUCCCAUGGCUGGCCAGAAAAACCUCAAUCCCUCCAGCAACAGCGCCUUCUCCCGACUUAGCAACAGCCCACCACAGCAAUCAUCGCAACCUUCUGUGCAACACCUAUCCUCCCCUACCAAACAACACAAUUCAGGAGACACAAACUCAUCCUCUCCAAAAAGGAGCAACUCCAGUCCUCAAGAGUGCGCCGAACAAGUGGCCUUUGGUCAGUUUCUCUUGAAGCCAGUCAACCGACGACCAUUUGAUGCUAUUGGUGAGCUGGAGACCAUCAAUAAAGAGAUGGAAGACACAAUCAGCAAGAGGCGUCAUGUCGGUCGCUCAGUUGAUGAUUUAGAUGGUAUGAAUAAAAGAAACAGCCACUAUAAAUCAGAAACCCGUUUCACAACUGGCCUUGAAUCAGGCAGAGAAGCUAUGAGUCUUCGACCUGUGAUCAAAAUAAGGUCAAAAUCGUUUCCCUCUGCCAAUGAUUUGGAAUCCAUGGACACACAACAGGCUUUCUCCAAACCACAGACCAACAUAGCAUUGACAGAUAAAGUAGGUGUGAUCCAUCGCACAGGCGUGAGACAAGCUGUGUCCUCACUACCCAAAAACAGUAAUUCAAACCGGCUUUAUAGGCAGGAUAUUCCUGUCCCUCAGGAGUCAUUGCUAAGAGAUGUCGGACUAACGGUUUACACAGAGAAUCCUAGUGGUCACGGUGACACAACAGAGCACUCGUCCCAACUUGAUCACAUGGCCCUGCCGGUGCAUUUUCCAAGUGAGAGUGACAAAGUGCAUGUAAAAAAUGGUGACAUUCCAGAGGGCAGUUCUGAGCUCGAGCAUCAACAUAAAGUGUACACUGAGGCAAAGGCUCAGUUAGCCAAAAUACCACAAAGCAAGAGUGAGAUGAAUUUGAGCAUGAAUAAAACCAGGAACAAAAAUUGUAAAUUGCCCAAGAGUAAAAGUUCCCCAUCCGGCAUCCAUCUGAUUAAGGAGGUUUCCUUUGUGUUCAAUGAUGAUGGUAACGACAGAUACUGGGACUCUGAGACUUUAAAACACAACACAAACGGGACAACGAUAGCAGACAUGCACCUUGAGACUUUGCUGAGUCAAGAGAAAGUGAAUGCAUUACCUGCGGAGGACCUGUCUAGUCUUUACGAAGUUAAAUGUGCAAAGGGAAUACCUGAAAACGAGUCAAUCGAGGAGAGAGCUGCCAGAAUUUUAGGUAUACCUGUUCCAAUGGAGACUUUAGGAGUGUCAGAAAAUAGCACGGACUCCCCUGUAGGGGAAAAAACAGGUAUUGUAAGUGAGGAAAAUCAGAAUGCGUUUGAGGAGGCCAAGCAAGUCAAAGAGGAAUCCCUGAUUUUGCCAGAAACAGAGAUGGAAACGGUCAAGGUGUCAAAAUCAGGGGACGAUGUUGAUGAAAAUUGCAGUCAAAGGCACAGCAACAACUACAUGGAUGUUGAUCACAAGAAUGAUACUGUCAAUCAAUCAGCAAUGAUGCUGGUCUUGCCUAAAUGCCCACCAUGUAAUCUUCCCGUAUCCCAACCAAUGACCCCUGAUGAGAUGCUUCAACCAAGUAAAGGAGAAAAGAAAGGCACCACAUCACAACCUUCAAAUAAAUUCAUUGAAGCCGUGCAAGAUAAGCUAAAUUCUUCUGCUUCCGUAUCUGUAACAUCUUUUGGCAGGUCAACCACAGACAGAAUAGCCCGAUUCAAAGAACUGGACUCGGUUUCUCGAAUCAGGCGCCUCAGCCUGAAAGGAUCUGAUUCCAAUCGAGGCUCUAAUUCUGAAGAAAGAGACGGAAGUAGACAGGAAUACUUUUUCAAAGAAAAGCCAAAGGUAGAGUUUGAGGAGAAACAAAAGGAUGAAAAAUGUGAGAAUGAACUGAAUGGAAGGAACAAAGAGGAGGAUGUGGAUUCUCCUGUUGAGCAUGAAAACGCAUGUGAAACGCAGGACGAGGUAACAGAACUCAAAGAGAAUUGUCGAGCAGGUGAAGACAAUGAACAUAUAUGCAAAGAUGGAAAAUCCAGGGAGGUAGAACAGACUGUUGAUUUUGCACUAAAAGCAAUAAAAGAAAGAGAAACAGAAGAUGUUGACGUAAAGACAGAGGAGCCAGAAGGAAAACUGGAGCUUAACGUUAUAGACAACACAGACAAACAUGACACAGCAGAAGUUAGCAGAAGUGAAAUGACAAAUGACGUUAAAGUAGGCAAGUUGCCUAAAGCAAAGCUUCGCACGAAGCUGCAGAAACCUCCGCUGCUUCCUAAACCUCGAAGUGUUCCCAAAAGAGAAAUAACCUUACCACUCAGCUUCAGCCCUGGGACCUUUUCUUCCUCAAAUAUGGAGGAUGAGGAGAUACUAAAUGUCACAGACUCCUACGACCCAAGUCGAGUGGAGCGGGUGUAA